AUGGCAUCCCUUGUUGUUAGUUUGUUGAUUCUGGUCUGGUUCCUAGAACCAUCGACUCUGGGUUCCGCUUCACCGCUAGACCAUCAAUCCCUAUGCGACAUUGACGCGUGUGAGUGCGAGUUUGAAUACAACCAAACCGCCGUGACUUGCAAGGUGCUCUAUGCCGGCUUUGACUUCACCAACUUACGGAGUGUGAGCCAAGUUCCAUCAGGUCCAUGGACUCUCAAGUUCCAGGCAGCGCUCUAUAACGGAUUUGGCACGCCGAGCGCGAACGGUUCUUGGUAUCCCCUUGCCAUACCAAGCACCGUGUUCCCCUCACUGGAUGAAGCAUCACUUCCCAAGUUCAAGUUGGUCAUUGAAGGGGUCAACUUGAUAUCAGUGGCAAACGGAGCCUUUUCUGGCCUGGCUUUGGACAGUGUUGAGUUCAGUGAUGUCCGGAUGACCGAUUUACCCUUAGAUAGUUUCUUGGAUCAGAGCGCGUCGUUGAAACGCAUCCGCGUCUUCAAAGUGCUCCAGCUCAAUGAUACUUCAAUAAGACCUCCAAUGUUUCACUCUUUCCAAGCUCUCGAGGAAAUCGAAAUCGACCACGUGCAAUUGCCUUUCCAGUAUCUCCGCAAUCACUCUUUCUACAACUUGCCAUCCCUGAAUUACGUUCGUCUCAUCUAUUCACCGCUAGCAGCAAUAUCGCCGAACGCAUUCGAUGGCGUCCCAAACUUGGCGUUCCUAGAGUUAAGCAAUUGCGAACUCCAACGUGUACCCACUGCCCUACUGAGCAAGCUGGACAAUUUGACUCUGCUGAAUCUCGCCUGGAACAACAUCAAAAAUGUAGGCCCAGCUGACGUGGAAGCCGUGAAGCAAGCACCGUCACUCUUUACGUUUAUCGUGAUAGAGAAUCCUUUCAGUUGUACAUGCGAGCUGCUUGAAUUUGUGAAUCUGCUUAACGAUGAUAUUAUUCUGGAUUUCAUGGGAUGGUAUGGCUACCUGUACGAUGCCAGCCGUGAUGCAUUUGGUAUCGGUAAGCCGCGGCCUGGAUACCACUGCGCUAGCCCCGUACAGACUUUCGGAAAGUCCCUUCUGGAUUUCAGUCUUGUGGAAUACUUGAAAUCCAACUGUGACUUAAGAAGCACAGCACAACCCGUAAAUAAUGUAUCGCCUCCUAGACAGGAUUUCGUAGACUCCUCUACAGUCAAACGAUUGGCUGUGUCCAUCAUUUCCGCUCUUGUGGCGUUAGGUAUCGUAGUUGUAGCAGUGGCGGUUAUAUUGCACAGAAAGAUAAAGAUAAGAUGGGUAGGGUUGUUUAGACGAUAUGAGCGUCAAUAUGACGUCUUGAAUGAAGUCAAUCAUGAGGAAUACACAUAUGACGCUUACAUCUGUCAUCAUGAAGAUAUGGACAUAUUUAUCGCUGAAAAGAUGAUUCCACGCCUGGAGGAGGAGCCUAAUAACUUCCGGCUGUGUCUGUCGUUUAGAGAUUUCCUCGUUGGUGCAGACAAGCUGGACAACGUGGCGACUGCAAUGGCGAAUAGCCGCCUAGUGAUCGCUCUCCUGGAUGCCAAUUUCAUCGCCAGUGGCCAGUGUAUGCUUGAAUUGAACAUGGCGUGUUCACGCAUGCUGGAGGCCGGCGUAGGCGCCUAUCCAGCCGCAGCCGAGGCCAUCCCUCCACAUGCUCCAGCCCAGGGCACGACUAGUCUUCUGCUUGUGUUGCUUGACGCACUUCCAGUAGACGCAUUACCAGGCACCGUGGCGGCGCUUCGGGACAAGAUCACGUGUCUCGAAUGGAAGGAGAAUGAAGAAGAGAGAUGCUGGCAGCAGUUAUCAACCUCGAUCCAAGCCGUGCGACCCCAGGCAAUUCAGCAAGUGGACAUUGCGGAAAACACCUAA